AUGCCAAAGCAUAGUGAAGACCCAUCUAGGACGGUCCAUUACAGCGGAAGGAGGCUGUUGGCGAUCGGCUCUAAAGACAGGAAGGUCAGAAUCCUCGAUGUGAUCAAAGCCAAGGAAGUGCCCCCUACCAUCCGCGGCCAUGCUGGGAGUGUCAUAGUGGUGUUCAUCUGUGAACAAAGAGGCAUUGUGAUCAGUGCCGGUGAUGAUCUGAGCAUCAGUACCUGUUUAGUAGGGGAGUCCAUUCCUGAUCAGAACAACAAGGUGCAGGAGGUGGUGAAGCAGCAGCGGAGGGACUAUAACCUAACGCCAGCCCUCAAGAAGCACUCCUACCCCUAUGUGCGCGCCCAGCGCAUGAAGAGGAUGGGCUCCACCAACCAGAAGAUCUACCACCGAGGGGAGAAGGAGUUGGACACAGCUCACGCUGGCCUCUCUCACCAGGCAUGCAGCCUCUCCGCCAGCAAGAUGCAGAGGGCACAAAGCAUUCAGAAGGAGUCCAUGAGGCCGGCAACAUGGAACGAGCUGCAGAGUUACUGGCGGAGCAUGGCUUACAUUGACCUACAGCCAGAGUUCUUCACCAAGCCACCGUCUGUCCUCGAGCCAGGCCGACCCUUUCGGACCAUCAACUCUGAGCCACAGAGCAGAGAGCGGAAGGCACCAGACUCAGCUAAAGAAUCGGGCCGAGGGUCUUCGUUACGUCUGUCUCGCAGUGAGCACUCUGUGCUGGAACACGUGAGGAAGAGGGGGCCCCAUGGCUCCAUAACCCCUGAACGCCUCCUGCUGUCUGUUAGCGCACUCCAGCGUUCACAGAAAUCAGACAAAACCACGAAACACAACUCUGGGAAACUGACUGGGCCCCCGAAGAAACAUCAGAAAACACCUGCCGAUCCCCGCACUGUGGAGAUGGUAACAACCUACACUCCUCUGGUCACCAAAGGGGUGCAGCUGAAGCUCAGGAACUCUCUCUACGGGAGUCACAUCAUAUCCAGCACUCCCAAACCGUCCCUCGUGAGACCCCAAUCCUGCGUGGGAUUCGGAGAACCUAGAAAUCAGGGAGCCGGGAAGAAAAGGCCGCAGAGCACAUCCGGAGUGCAGGUUCAGGAGAUCGGUAGCUUCACCACUACGACAGAGGAGCUGCUCCAGACUCCGAGCAGGAUGGGGAUUUUCAGAACCCCCGCGAAGCAGGUCACCUUCAUAGAGGCCAGCGAGAAGAUCGAGAGCUCGAAGCAGAGGGAUCCCUACUGGGUGCGCAGUAUAUUCAGGCUGUGGAUGGCCAAGCAGGAGAAGCAGGUGUGCCAGCACAGCCUGGCUGAGAAGAAGGAGACUGAUGACAGGGAUGCCGAGUGCAGGAAAGCUUGGCUCAUGAAAGCCAAGGAGCUGCCCAUUGCAGACUUCUCCAAAAAUGACCAAGUGGCUGCCCCUGAGCUGGGCUAUGGCGUUUUCAUCUGAGAUCACUGAGCCGUGCUGAAUUCAUGGUCAUCUCUGUAUAGACUAGAAGCGUUUUGUGGGCAGUGAAGGAAUACCGCUUUUAUUCCACAGUUUUAUUCCACAGUUCAACAGCCCUGUGACUACAUAUGUAAAUACAACACGAAAGUGUAAAUAAUCUGGCACCACCUAAUUUAAACUACAGAAAUAUUAGAACCUAAUGUUGGCUCUGGAGAGUCAGGUGAGGUGAA